AUGGCUGCCGUCCAGGAACUCGCCGAGCGCGUCAAGGACGACUCCAAAUGCUACAUUGAUACCGACACCGGCGUUGACGACGUGGCGGCCGCCGAUGGCUCCGAGGCCAAGCCCUACAAGACGCUGGCCUUUGCCUAUAUCCAGCACCUCGACCAGCCGGCCGCCCCCUCGUACCUGACGAGGUCGUCAGUCACGGGACCCCUCGCGGCCGGCGAGGACCCCUCGGCCCGUCUGGUGUGGAAGGAGCCUGGCAAGGGAUCGGUCAAGAAGGCCCAGUCCGGCGUCGAGGCCCACAAGAAGAAGCUGGCCAAGCAGCAGCAGGCCCAGGCCGCCGAGGACGAGAAGAAGAGGCAGCGCCUGCAGACGCUGGAGAAUGCCAAGAAGAUUGUGCUCAAGGAAGACGAGAGCCUCCCCAAGGCCGUCAAGAUCACUCUGGCCGACAAGGAUGUCGAGCUGGGCGAGGGCGACAAGAAGGGCACACGCGUCAAGGUGUCGGGCCGCAUCCACCGCCUCAGGCCGCAGAAGCAGGCCACCUUCAUCACCCUCAUCGACGGCUACGGACACCUGCAGUGCAUCCUGCAGCAGGGCGACCUGACCAAGACGUACGACGCGCUCGUCUUCGCCCAGGGCACGUCGCUCACGCUGUACGGGGAGCUGCGCAAGGUGCCCGAGGGCCAGCAGGCGCCUGACGGCCGCGAACUGCACGUCGACUAUUACCAGGUCAUCGGCCGCUCGCCUAGCGACGACGACGCCAUCACCAACAAGGUGUCGCACGCCCAGAACCAGUGGGACACGUCCAUGCUGGACAACCGCCACCUGGUGCUGCGCGGAGACCACGCAGCGGCGCUGAUGAAGCUGCGCGCGCAGACGGAGUGGGCCUUCACCAAGACGUACCACGAUAUGAAGAUUGUCAAGGUGGCGCCGCCGGCGCUUGUGCAGACGCAGGUCGAGGGCGGAGCCACCCUCUUCAGCGUACCCUACUACGACGAGAAGGCCUACCUGACGCAGUCGUCGCAGCUGUACCUUGAGACGGUGCUGCCUAGCCUGGGCAACGUAUACUGCAUCGAGAAGUCGUUCCGCGCCGAGAAGUCGCUGACGCGCCGCCACCUGUCCGAGUACACGCACGUCGAGGCCGAGCUGGACUUUAUCACGUUUGACGACUUACUCGAGCACCUCGAGGAGGUCAUAUGCCGCGUCAUCGACGCCGUCCUCGAUGACCCGGCCACGGCGGCCUUCCUCAAGGAGCUCAACCCCGGCUUCGUCAAACCCCAGCGUCCCUUUAUGCGCAUGAAGUACAGCGACGCCAUCGACUGGCUCAACAAGCAGGACCCCCCCAUCCUCAACGAGGAGGGCAACCUCCACGUAUUUGGCGACGACAUCGCCGAGGCGGCCGAACGCCGCAUGACGGACGCCAUCAACCUCCCCAUCUUCCUCACCCACUUUCCCGUCGAGAUCAAGGCCUUUUACAUGAAGAAGGACCCCAACGACCUGCGCGUCACCGAGAGCGUCGACUGUCUCAUGCCCGGCGUGGGCGAGAUUGUCGGAGGCUCCAUGAGGAUGGAGGGUUACGAGGAGCUGCUGGCCGCCUACGAGAAGCAGGGUAUCCCGGCAAAGGACUACUACUGGUACACUGACCAGCGCAAGUACGGUACCUCUCCUCACGGAGGAUACGGACUUGGCCUGGAGCGAUUUCUGGCCUGGAUGGCCAACCAGCACACUGUGCGCACGACAUGCCUGUAUCCCCGCUUCAUGGGACGUUGCAAACCGUAA